AUGAGUAAUAUUGAAGUUACAUUUAACGGAUUUAUUGAAACCACUCAAGACACUUUACUCAUAUUCGAAGCAUGUCGACGAGGAAUACUGCCAAAAGUAAGCAGAAGGCUCCAGGAGAAAGAACGAAAAAUUGUGACAUCUGGAAGUGUGUUCGUAUUUGAUGAGCGGGAAUCAGGGAUCAAACGUUGGACAGAUGGUCUUGUGUGGAGUCCAUCUCGAAUUCUAGGAAAUUUUUUGAUUUAUCGUGAACUGGAUAAAAGACAACGAACAGAAUCUGAUUCAGGAGACAGUCUUCAUCAUCACAUUAGUGCUGCCAGUACGAGCAUAGAUAAAAAUCGAGAACGAGCAUUAGUUGGAAGUCUGACGAAUUCUUAUCGAUUCAAGAAAAAUGGACUAAUCAAAAAGACAAUGUCAAUUGUAGUGAAUGGUGUCAGUCAACACAUGAUCAGUUAUUAUAACAAGGAGGACGUGUUACGCUGUGCGUUGAAAACUCCAUCUCAGGAUCCUCAAUUAGCUGCACUGGAAAUAUCGCCGGAAUUUUUAUCCAAGCAAAAUUUCAGAAUAUAUCCAACGAUUGAAGGAGGAUAUGAUCAGCAACAGUUACUCCAACAUCAAGAACAAAUCUCUACUUCUAUUAUACCACGUGGAAGUAUUUCAAGUAUUUCAUCAGCAGUGCUUGCAUUUUCUCCUUCAACGGCUACAACGACGUCAACCACAACCACAAUGAAUAAUGUACAUCCAAUGAGCCCGCCACAAUCUGAAAAUCAAGAUAAUCUUUAUUAUGAUGGUAAUUCUUAUAACGAUUUAACAUCGUCGGAUUUGUACAAUUCAUCGUCAACUUCUAAUGGUCCAAUUACACCACCGCUAAGCGCAGCAAGUCCAUUUUUAAGUGCAGGCGGAGUACCUAACCAUAACGGGGCAUUAACAAAUAGUAAUAUGUUCAAUCCCUAUCCUCCUUAUACAUCGUUAGUAAAAAGUGAAGGAUACCCAUCCAAUGCUUCAAUGCUUGAUCCUUAUUUAUAUGGUAGGCAAGAGGAUAAUUGGAUGUAA